AAUGGCGGUGAUAGUAUUUGCUUCUUGCUCAAACAUUAGCGAUUGGUGUAUCUUUUAUUCAUUUCUACUUGAAUACUAGGCCGACACUUUUAUUUAUAUUCCUUACUUUACCUGAGCGUGUUACGUUGCUCAAAAUCAUAGGUUUUCUGAUUUCUGUGUAAAAGUGGUGUAUCAAACGAGAAACCAAGUUAAGUGAAAAUUACAAAGAUGCCUACCAGAAGUUGUUAAUAAGACUUUCGUAACAUUAAUCCUGAGAAAUAGGACGUGAAAAAUGGUCAACAUGGAAGCCUCGAAGAUCACAAGCAAAACCAGCUCGUUAAAAGCUUUGAUCCUGAAAGCUUGGCGAGAACGAUGGACCGACAUUCAAUGGGGAAUCAACAUCAAAACUAUUCUACCGAGAGGAGUGAGCGGAGACCUUUAUAACCUGGCGGACUGCAUACUUCAACAGGCGAUGGUGGGAUGCGGUGCUAAUCAGCUGGUAAUAUCCUAUCUCAAACACUCGUUAGCGUCGCAUUUGGUGUCGUAUGCCGCUGUAUUACAAAGAAUCUCUAAAUUUGAUGCAUUUCAUAAACCCCACUGCAUUAUCAGUCUCUUAGACUUCCUGGAGAGCUUUUUAGACAGCAUCACGUGUCGUGGAAAAUUGGAAGAGGAAGUAUUGGCCCUUGCUGUGUCUUCAAUAAUAUUGUGGCUAUUACAAGUUUAUCAUUACUCAUUGAGUAAAUAUCCCUCAUCCAAUCCUAUACAAUGUCAAGAACUCCUUGAAAAGUCCACAUCACUUUUGAAUUCAAUUGUAAAUUCAGAUUUUCUACUUGCAAUGUUUUAUCUUGCAAAACAAAAUGAUCCAGAAGAGUAUAAUGAAGUGACAAAGAAAUGCCAAGAGAUUACAGCAUUUAUGAUGAUGAAUACACAGUUUAAAGCUCCAGUAACUAUACAUGAGACAUUGCAAAAGAUCUGCAACAUGGAUGUGGACAAAAUAGCACCAUUAAAUAAUAAACCAGAAUCUGUGACACAUUUAUUACAAGCACAAAUUGCCAUAAAUGUCUUGGCUGAUCCUAGUGCAGAAUUGCAACAGCUUUCUAGCCAGUUAUUGAUGGUACAGAGAAUUAAAGGGUAUUCUCUGGCUAGACUUUAUUGUGAACUUAUUAGAGCUUGUUUCAUUUCUCUUAACGACUCUAGUAAGGACUCCUUAAAGCAAGCACUGUGGGCUGCAUUUACAUUCCUUAAAAUACCACAGGUUAUACAUUACCUCCAUAAUCUCUGUGGAACUACCAGCACCGACGGUGAAUUCUCAGUGGAACUUGUUGAAGCAUUUGAGAAACUGUUACAAUCAACUCCUUUGUUGGAUAUAGUAGAUACAAAAAACUCUUGCAAUAGUGUUGUAUCACUAAUUGAACCCUUAGUGAAAUUAAAUGUCUUAUUAGAAAGCCAUCUUGCGUAUUUCAAUCAAAAACGUGAAAAUAAAGAUGUAAAAUUACAAAAACUGGAACCGACAGGCCUACAGGGGUCUGUCCCUUCUUUUAUCACUCGUGCAGAACCAACAUUGGCAGGGAUUCUAAAAACUAUGGGAGGUGAUUUCCAUAAAACACAAGAGUCAUUGUAUGCUAUGUUGUGCCAAAUUGUAGGUGGGACAACCCUAGACACUAUUCUUGCAGUUGCAGCAGUUGAAGGAAAAUUAAAAUUAUUUGUGUCAAGGCUUAUAAAAUUCAACGAAUUUGCUUUACUUGCAGCAAGUGAAAAGGGGGCUCCUCAGACAAAAGUCUACAUCUUUGAUAUUUCUUUUCUAAUUUUGUGUUCCAUUGUGCAAGAUUAUGGUGCAGAGGCUGUUCUGGAGGAAAAUGGAGAAUCAUUCUUUGAGCAGUGGGUUAAGGAAUGUAUGGCACACAAAGGAGUUCACAAACCCCCUGAACAGAUAACACAAAAAUGUGAUUCUCAAGUCACUGAUAUAUUUAUUCAUCAUCUUAGUGCUUCAGACUUUGACUUUAAGAACACUAGUUUGAAACCUCAUGACCUUUGUAUGAAUGUUAGUGGUGCUGUGAAAGAAGUUCUGUUUGCGUGGGAACAGGGUUCACUUACUGCAGCUGAUGUCAAACGUAUGUUAGAUUCAUUGAAGCAGAAAAUGGCUUCUUUAGCAGUAUGUGCUUCAGUUUGGCUUUGCUCUUACAUCAACGUUGUCCAUCAAGAUGCAUUUUUGAAGCCAAUAAACAUGGUUCAACAGUUUUUGUCUCCACCAAGUGAGGUAGAAUUAGCUCAAAUCGACAAUUUUAAAGAACGUUCUGCUCUUAUGAGUCAAAUUAUAAGAAAAAUGCAAUAUGAUAUUCAUCCGCCUUCAGCUCCUAAAUCGAAGGCUUUGACUUAUUCCCAUAAUGUGAUUUCCCGUCAACCAAUAUUGGAACAACUGCAAUCCGUUUGGGAAGAUAUUAAAUUACGAGGGUAUCUACAUAUUGACGCUACACAUGUAGUAGAGAGUCUAUUAAACACUGCAGGACCAGUUUGGUUUGUUACUAAUCUGGUUAAAGAGACAUUGAAAUAUAGGUAUCAGGAAGACCUUGAUAGAUCAGUAGAUGUAGUUCUGGCCAUGUUCCAUUUGGAUAUUGAGAACUGCACGGAGGCGCUGUUGUUGCAUGUCUUACCGCAGUAUCUGUAUAAUGCGAAAUUAUGUGAAGAACUGGUGGAACCUCAAUCCGCUAUUCUGGCUAAAUUGACAGUAUACAGUAUAUAUGCUGCACUUGAGCAUAGUAAUAUAAACAAAAGCCAAAAUUCCAGAAAACGUCGUCUAGAAGACACAGAAGAUGAUACAAUGUGCCCAAACAAAGUAAGAAGACUGAAUGAUAAUACAGCCGACAGCAGUGGUAAUUCCUAUCCUCAAGCACCAAGUCCAACUGGCGUUACACUAAAGGAACCAUUACAAACAGCUUUGGAAAUUCUAUAUACUUCCUUUUCUCAGUUAGCUGGAAAGAAUGGAGAUGUCACUCCUCAAACUCAUUUUAUACUACAAUUUUUAGUAUAUCUGGUUCAGUGUGGCCAAGAGAGAGCACAAUUAGUGUUGCAAAAAAUGCCAAGUGAACUUGUUCCCACUUUAAUCAAAGCACUUCCAGAUUGCUUCAAUAUUAACCUGAUUCUAAGACUGUAUGACUUGUCUACACCAUACGGUCGAAAGGACACUGCCAGAGACCUUUGCCUUUUGAGGAACAUGCGGUUGAGACCUGAUUAAUAUUUAUAGGACAUUGAUGAGCUAUUUAGUGAGUAAGUUUAACAAUGUAAUCUAGGUAAUAAUACCUAUACUGAUUUUCUGUAAUAAACACGUUUAUUAGUA